AUGGCGUCGAUGAGCAGCGUGAAGCCGAUCAGCGUCCAGCCGGGCGGCCUCAAGCGCUCGGAGGCGAAAACGGACUUGAAAGCCGAUCCGGAAACGGACACCUUGCCGGCGCCGGACGAGCCGCUGACCUGCCUGCCAAACCGCCGGCCGGCGCCCCGGCUAGCCAGCAUGUUCGUCUUGUUCUUUCCGCCGGCCGCCGUCUACCUGGGCCUCGGCAGCUACGACGUGAACGUGCUGAUCAACGCGGCGCUGACGCUGUGCGGCUGGGUGCCCGGCGUCGCCCACGCGUUGAUGGUGGUGUGCCUGCGGGCCGAUCAGCUGUUCGACCCGUCGGGCGGCGUGGCCGAGCUGUCCGCGACGACCGGCACGUCCGGGACGGCUGGAAAAUCCGGUGGAUCACGCGGCUACAGCACGAGCAAA